AUGGAGGAAGAUGUUGAGGUUGGAAAAGUUGAUCCUAUUCAUAUCUGCUAUGGAUCGGGAGAGUAUUCUCGGUCGGCAUCAAGCAAGCAUUCUUGGCUUGUAGAAAACCUUCCAAAGACUUUGACAAUCGACAACAAAACAACACCAGCUACUAUAGUCCAAGCGGUUUUGCACAGACAUCAUGAAAAGAUCACCACCGCCGCUGCAUCCAAGGCCAAACGUGCAUUACUUGGCAAUAGUUUGAAGGCGCAGGCAGCACAAUACGCCCUACUUCCUGCAUAUGCUGGAGCUUUAGAAAAACUUGACGCAUAUGUUCAGAUUGCAAUCAACAAAAAUACGGACCGCUUUGAACGAAUAUUCAUCUGCCCGCCGACCAGUCGAGAAUCAUUUAGCCACUGCCGUCCAUUUUUAGCGAUCGAUGGUACAUUUACCAAAACACAAUAUGUACAGACUAUACUACUGGCUGUAAGCAUCGAUGGUGACAAUCACGGUUGUAUUUUGGCAUGGGCAUUGGUAGAGGGGGAAAACGAAGAGUCCUGGCGUUUUUUUCUACUCAAUUUAAAGGCAGCCAUUCUGGAAAUCAAUCAGCCAAAUGUGACCGUCAUGAGUGAUAGAGACAAAGGGUUAUCCAUUGCAACCGACAACGUAUUGGACAGAAGUCGACGUGCAUUUUGCACACAGCAUAUUUCGGAUAAUGUUUAUAAAACAUUCCGGAGUACUGCUCGGAUUCUCUUUAAACGGAUAGCUGCAAGCUAUACAAAAGAAGAAUUCAACGAACGGCUAGAGGCAUUGAGAGAGCAUAGCAAAACAGCAGCAAAGUACGUUGAGAACAUUGACAAAACCAAGUACUGCGCACCUUACUUCCCUGGCCGCACAUAUGGUCAUUUGACCUCCAAUAUCGUGGAAUCAAUGAACAAUAUGAUAUUGGAGGAACGAGCGCUGCCUUGCCUUGAUCUUCUUGAUUCACUCUGGCAUAAAGUAAUGCACCUACGAUUUCAACGGUUGAAAGAUGCAAACAAGUAUCCCUCAACUCAAUGUUUGACUGUUUAUGGUCAGAAUUUACUCAAAGAUUCUCUUGCCUAUGGUUCCACCCAACGGAAAGUCCAAAUGUCGGAUGAGAAUCGGGGAAGAGUGAUCGAUUUGACUGGAAAGGCUUUCGAGGUUAAUCUCUUAACGGCAUUCUGUUCCUGCAGCAAAUUUCAAGAAAACGCGGUACCAUGUGUACACGGGAUUGCUUGCAUCCAUUUCAUCAAGAAGCAACCCAUACAGUAUAUGCCCGAACAACUGACAGUUGCUGAAUACCGCAACACAUACCUAUACAACUUCCAACCUAUAGAUAUUCGAACUAUCAAGGCCAAAAAUCCGGUAACUCCAGCAAAACCCAACGGACAACCUGACUUGUUGGAAACCGAUACCAUUAUGAGGGUACAGAAUAGCAGCGGAAGAGAUUCCUUUUCUUGGAUACCGACAAAUACCCCCCGUCCAGACUCUGACAGCUAUAUAUCAGCAUUUGGAUAUACUGUUUUUACCUCAAACACAACUGCUGCCGUCAAUUGGAAUAGUCAAAGUAUUCCUCCAGUAACAGAUGAGGAGUAUAACCAAACACCUACCCGUUCCAAUACUGCUGCCUGCCUUCCACCAGUAUUGAGCGCACCACGGGGUCGCCCAAAGGUUGUGAGGAAAAGAGCAGGAGACCUUCAGAAAAAAAGGCAAGCAAUGUCGGGUCAGCUUCCUGAUUUUCCAAACAGGGCACCACAAUGUUGUUCAAAUUGCAAAGAGUUGGGUCACAAUUCCAGGACUUGCCGUAGACCACCAGUUGGAGUUUGA